CCCAACUUCCCCAAUCUAGACUGACAAACCGCAGGCUUUACUGUGAAGCCAGUCUUAGGAGCCAGACUGGGCCGGGUUAAAAGAGCCCUCCCUGCAAGAGCGAGGGGGACUUUGGGGGUGACGGGCAGCUGCAGGGGACACAGGAGCUCUGAGUCACCGACAGGACCCGGACAAAAGGGAUUUGGUGAAGCAGGGAAAUAAUGUAACUUUCCCCCUCCCUCCUCCUCCAAGCCGUCUUCUAAGAUUGCUCUGAUCUGCCCCUCUUCCCUUCGCUCCAUCCCCUUCCCCAAAGCUAAGUAUUGGCAGGCCUGGGAGCCCGAUGCGGGAGUGCGGACAAGGCUCAGUGAUUCCACAAGGUCCUUCUCGUUCUUUCUCCCCGCUCGCUGUCCGCACCCCCCACCCCCGUGCUUUUCCCUCUGCUAGCUGGGCACCGGAGGAAGUCACAGGACGAGCGCAGAGCAAGAAGCCCGGCACUAGGGGAGAGGCGACUAGGGCAAACCUUGAGUGCGCAGUGUUCUCCCAGGGCUAGUUCUGAGCGAGGGUCCUUACCUACCCCUAAUAAGCCAGUACUAGUUAGCGAGUACCUUGGGAAGAAAGUUUCGGGAGGCUGGUGAGUCCGGGUGAUCCUGACCUGUACUUUGAUCUCCCCUCCGCAAUCUCCCCCUCUUUUCUCUCCCUCCCCAACUUUCCAGAGUGCGAUGCCUUCCCUUGCACGCCCGCGCCCAGUGAGCGGGUGAGAGGGAGCCCCAAACCUCCAAAUCCGGGAAAGAGUGGAAAGGAUGGCCCAGACGGCCGCCCCGCUGGCCUGAGGAGGGGGUCCACGGCUUGGGCUGCAGCUGCUGCCCUCAAAGGUGGACGAAGCCAGCCCUUCUAGCAACCAUGGUGGCUGUAGGGCUAGCCCUGAUCUUGCUUCUGGAAUACGCGGUCUCUGGCUCCGGUGAGUCAGGGAAGUUCCAUACCUUUCACUGUGACCACCGUGCCUGCAACCCACCUGUGGGGAACCUUGCCACAGGCAGGACCCCUACCACAUUCACCACCUGUGGGGAGAGUGGUACAGAGCUCUCCUGCUCCUAUGUGGACCAACCUUCCCUCCCUUCCAGCACCUUAAACUGUGGUCAUCUUCAGUGCACCAAGUGCAAUGCUCAGCAACCCAACAAUUCCCACCCACCAUCCUCCAUGACAGAUGACGUCUUUGCCUUUCCCAACACGUGGUGGCAGUCAGCUGCAGGUGUCUCCCGAGAAGCGAUUCAUUUGGACUUUGAGACAGAAUUCUAUCUGACUCAUGUCAUCGUGGUCUUCAAGUCUCCCCGGCCAGCCGCCAUGAUCCUGGAGCGUUCCCAGGAUGGUGGACAUACCUGGAGGCCCUAUAAAUAUUUUGCCACCAACUGUACGGCCACCUUUGGGCUCCAAGAUGACCUCAUUGAAGAAGGCUCUCUUUGUACAUCUAGGUAUUCAGAUGCUAUUCCUUGUACCAGAGGUGAGGUCGUCUACCGGGCCCUGACGCCAACCAAUCAGAUUGACAAUCCUUAUGGCCCAGAAGCCCAGGAUUUGCUAAAACUCACCAACCUGCGUCUUGUGCUGCUAAAAAGGCAGGAUUGCCCCUGCCAGGGGGUGAGGCUUCUGGAGAAACCCCAGCGAUUCACCCAUUAUGCCAUCUAUGACCUGAUUGUCCGUGGAAGCUGCUUCUGCAACGGACAUGGGGAGAUGUGUCAGCCGGCAGAUGAGACAGGGAACUCGAGGAGCAUGGUCCACGGGACGUGUGUGUGCAGACAUCACACAGCAGGUGUACACUGUGAGAAGUGUUUGCCACUGUACAAUGACCAGCCAUGGAGGCCAGGAGAUGGGAAAACCAGCCAGCCCAAUGAAUGCAAAAAGUGCCGCUGUCACAACCAUGCUGAUAGGUGCCACUUUGAUGGGGGUGUCUGGCUGAACUCCGGGAAGCGCACAGGUGGCAUCUGUGACAACUGCCAGCACCACACUGAGGGCCGUCACUGCCAGAAAUGCAAGUCAGGGUUUUAUCGGGACUGGAGCAAGCCUACGUCUUCGCCAGAAGUCUGUAAACCUUGUUCAUGCCAGCCCCUGGGCUCAGCCAAUGAGACUUCCCACAAGGGUUUCCCUUGCCACCCCAAGACAGGAUAUUGUCUCUGCAAGCCUGGAGUGGCGGGCCCACGCUGUGACCGAUGCCUGGUGGGGUACUGGGGCUUUGGAGGAAAUGGCUGCCGUCCUUGUAACUGCUCUGGGGAAUGUGAUCCCCACACUGGGGCCUGCCUGACUGGACAUGAGAAGGAGCCUUUCUUCCACAUCCCCGUAGGUGGGCAGAUCCCUGACCUCGUCCAGGGACCAGGGAAUGACAGUGAAGAGCGGCUGAGGUGGGAUGGUCAAGAGCAAGGGUUUUCUGCCCUGAGGCAUCCAGAAAAGUGUGUCUGCAAAGAGAAGGCUGUUGGGAAGGUCAGGGAUUUCUGCCAGAUGAAGUAUGCAUAUGGUGUGUGUGUGUCUGUCUGUCUCUGGGCAGUGAUAAAGGCCAAGAUUCUUUCGGCAUAUGACAAGGGCACCCAUGCUGAAGUGUGGGUGAAGGUGAAGAAGGUCCUAAAGUCGGGUCAAGUAAAGAUCUCCCAGAGUCACCAGAGCAUUUACCCAGAGUCCUGGACCCACAGGGGGUGCACCUGCCCCAUUCUGAAUCCAGGUACAGACUACUUGAUCGCAGGGCAGGAGGACCCCGGCAGCAGCAAACUCUUAGUCAACAUGAACAGCCUGGUGAAGCCUUGGAAGGUGUACCUGGGAAAACAAGUAACAGGCAUCCUCCGCAUGGGCUGCAAGUAACCGAGGCAGGCGCCCCAGAGCCUUACUUCUCUGCCACAAAGCCUAGCGUCUUCACCGCUCUGAAAAGCCCAGGCUGCCCAGGCAAUCCAUGUGGACCGCCCCUCCUUUCCUAAGCUCAGGACGAGGUCCCUCCUGUAGAGCCCCACCAGAAUCCCAAACAAAAGGUCUCACUCAAAGGUGUUCUGGGUGCCAGCUCUUCUCGUUGGAGAGGGAUUCCACCAGGAUUUCAAUGCUGGUGACACCAUGGCCACAAUGGCGGCAUCCCGAGGUGGAGGAGGCAGCACUUGAUUCGGUCUCUGGAGACCUGGAUUCCCAUUCUGGCUCCUGUGGCCUUAAGCAAGUCACUUGAACCUGGAUGCCUCUGCCACUGGCCUGACUUCUCUCACAGGGCUGUUGUAGGGAUGAAGGAGGUAAUGGAUGUAAAGGCACUUGGUCAACUGGGAAGUUCAUACACAUGUAACAGGCUGCUAUUAUGAAUCUCCACAUCUGAAAUUUAACACACAGAUUACCUGUCAGGGCGCUGUAUUUUGUCCAAGGGCAUCUCUUGCUGUCUUUUAUUCUAGUGUUACAAACAGAAAAUAUGAAUUGAUCAUUGGACGCCAUACUUUGCUGAGUUUGUUGUGGUGAAGCAAAGGCAUCGUGGUUUAGUGGGAAAAGGGCUGGAUUUAGACCCAGAAGAUCUAGGUUGAAAUCCUGCAUGCACUGGGGUGAGUCACUCCACCUCCCUAGGACUUGGUUUCCUCAUCAGUAAAGUGAAGAGGUCAGACCUGAUGAAACAGUGCGCUGUAGAAGAUUUGGCUUUGAACCCUUUCUCUGCUUGUUAGCACUUGUGUUACAAUGGGCAAGUUUCCUGGGCCUGAGUUUCCUCAUCAGUCAAAUGAGGGACCCCGGAGAGGACCCUUCCAGCCCUACACCUAUGAUCCUAGAAAUGUCAGUUCCCCAGAAACAGAAUCCCCGCUCUUAGACCAGGAUGUCAGCGAGCUCUUCAGCUCCCGUGGAUUCAAUGAUCACCUCUAUGCUUGUAGAUGGCUCUGAGAUCUGUUCAACCAGCCUCUACCUCUGUCUUGAUUUCCAGUCUUGUAUCUCCAACUUCCUGUUAGGCGCCCAGAACUGGAUGACCUAUAGAUAUGUUAAAGUCAACAUGUUCCAAACGGAACUCAUUCUCUUUUCUCUGAACUCUCCCCUCUUCCUAACGCUCCUAUUACAGUCCAGGGCACCACCAUCCUUGUUACCCAGGCUUGCAACUUAGGGCAUCAUCCUUGACUCUUCACUCUCUCUCUCUCAUCCCUCCCUGCUAUAUCACAUCUGGACUGUUGCAGGAGCCUUUUAGUGGGUCUCCCCGCCUACAAGUCUCUCCUUACUUCAGUCGAUCUUCCACUCAGCUAUCAAAGUGACCUUCUUAAAGUGCAGGUCUCACCAUCUCUU